AUGAUAAUGCAGCGCAUCCUUUGUAACGGGUCGCUGCGCCGCAUCGCGGCAGUCCGACCUUUGCUGGUUGGUGUCAACGCCAUGGAGCCGCCAGUAGCAUUUUGUUGCUGUGCCCUCCGCCUAUCACUUCCACCACCCUCAGGCCGUUGCAUGCUGUCAACUUCAGCUAGCAGCAAAGCAGCACACCAGCCAAAACAUCAGCCACCGCAGGAAGAUCCACAGUCCACUUCUGCGCCUUCAACACAGGACAGCCAUAGAGAGGAAGCUGUGCCUGAUAUUGCAGAGGUGGACCCCCUGCAGGACAAGUCCAUUGGCCUGUUCCAGAGGUUCAAGAGAACCUUCAAACAGUAUGGGAAAGUGAUGAUCCCUGUUCAUCUGGUGACGUCCUCUGUUUGGUUUGGAACCUUCUAUUAUGCUGCUAUGAAGUGAGUCUUGUUUUGAUUUGUAUCUCUGCAAGUGUCCUCCAAAUCGAUACCUGAUCUGCUCUGUUUUAGGGAAACUUUGGCCUCUCAAUAAUACUGCAAUGUUUUGAUGCUUUAAAGAAAGGGUGGGCGAUAUGGGAAAAAGUUUAUCAUGAUAUAUAUUUUUUCAUAUCAGUCAAUAUCGAUAUGUAUAGUGGAUAUAAAUAGUCUAUGCAACUGCCAGGUUUUAGAGAUGUAAGAAAAUGACAGCAAGAUAAAUAUUUUCACAACUUUUUCUACCUUUAAUGUGACCUAUAACCAGUACAAGGCAAAUGAAAAACAAACUGAAACCUUUAAGGGGAAAAAUAAAAAACAGAAAAGUUAAAAUAACCUGGUUGCAUAAAUAUGCACACCCUUAAACUAAUGCUUUGUUGCAGCACCUUUGGCUUUUAUUACAGCACUCAGUCUUUUUGGGUAGGAGUCUAUCAGCGUGGCACAUCUUUAUGUGACGAUUUUUGCCCACUCUUCUUUACAAAACUGCUCCAAAUCUGACAGAUUGCGAGGGCAUCUCCUAUGCACAGCCCUCUUCAGAUCACCCCACAAAUGUUCGAUGGGAUUCAGGUCUGGGCUCUGGCUGGGCCAUUUUAAAGUCUCAAUCUUAUUCCAGUGAAGCCAGUCUUUUGUUGAUUUAGAUGUGUGCUUUGGGUCAUUGUCGUGCUGAAAGAUGAAGUUCCUCUUCAUCUUCAGCUCUGUAACAGAAGGCCCAAGGUUUUGUGUCAACACUGACUGGGGCUGUUUUUCUUCAGCUGGACCUGUCGCCUUAGUCAGGGUGGAUGAAAUUAUGAACAGUUCCAAAUACCAAAGUAUGAUGCUGCCACCACCAUGCUUCACUGUGGGUAUGGUGUUCUUUUGGUGAUGAGCAGUGUUGAUUUUGCGCCAAAUACACUUUUUGCAAUGAUGCCCAAAAAGUUCAACUUUGGUUUCAUCAGACCAUAACACAUUUUCCCACAUGUGUUUGGGAGAUUUCAGAUGUUUUUUUGCAAAAUUAUGCCGGGCUAUGAUUUUUUUUGUUUUUUUUGUAAGUUAAGGCUUCUGUCUUGCCACCCUACCCCAUAGCCCAGACAUAUGAAGACAGCGGGAGAUUGUUGUCACAUGUACUACACAGCCAGUACUUGCCAGAAAUUCCUGCAGCUCCUUCAGUGUUGCUGUCGGCCUCCUGGUAGCCUCCCUGACCAGUUUUCUUCUUGUCUUCUCAUCAAUUUUGGACGGACGUCCUGUUCUUGGUAAUGUCACUGUUGUGCCAUAUUUUCUCCACUUGAUGAUGACGGUCUUUACCGUGUUCCAUGGUAUAUUUAAUUCCUUGGAAAUUCUUUUGUAGCCUCACCUGACUGAUAUCUUUGAAUAAUGAGAUCCCUCUGAUGCUGUGGAAGCUCUCUGCGGACCAUGGCUUGUGCUGGAAGAUGUGGACACUACAAAAAUGUCAGGAAAAGCUACUAGAACAGCUGAACUUAAUUUGGGGUUGAUCAGAGGCACUUUAAUUGGUGACAGGUGUUUGCUGACUCCAAUUUAACCUGAGAUUGAAUGUUAUUGGUUAAAUCUGAACACAGCCACAUCCCCAGUUAUAAAAGGGUGUGCACACUUAUGCAACCACAUGAUCUCAGUUGUUUAUUUUUACUUCACCUCCCUGAAAGAUUUCGUGUUGUACAGGUUAUAGGUCACAUUAAAGGUGGAAGAAGUUGUGAAAUUAUUUAUCUUGAUUUAAUUUUUUACAUGACAAAAACCUGGCAGUUGAACGGGGGUGAGUAGACUUUUUAUAUCCACUGUAUCAUGAUAUAAAAAAUCACUUGUUAAUCUUAAAUGUUUCCUGUUACUCUUGAAUAAAAUUUAAAAUGUACUAGUAAUAAUUUGCAGUGCAUAUUACUCUGCUUCAUGUGCGACUUCAAAAAUCUAAAAUACCUCCACACCACCGAUGUUUUCGUGCCAGUGUUAUCAGCAAUGUCAUCAUCUGUUGAGCCUUCAUUUCUGCCGGGGGUCGCACUUGUUCUCUUUUCUUCUCACCGACAGUGCUGUCAGCUUCAUGUGUUAAAGUGCUGUUGUUGCGUGUAGCUGCAGCCUGCUACUAUGCAGUUGUUUGCUACUUCAAAUUCAAAUUCAGCACAUGAUUGGUUCAGCGUGGCGCAGACCCAGAGCAACUCCCCUUUUCAUUGGCUAUUCGUGUGGUUAUCGAAAAGGAUAUUGACCAUGUUUCAAAAUGAUAUUGAGGGAAAUUAAUUUUUCAUAUCAUUAUCAUUUUAUCGUCCCGCCCUACUUUAAAAUUGUACAGAUUGGAUAUUUCCUCUAAGGCCUACUAGCAGAAGAAUUGAGGUACUGUGACCACUAAAGUCUUUUCCUUCUCGAGCAGCUACUUUCCUUUUUUAUUUAUUUUUUAAUCUAAAUACAGUUCAGUGUUGUCAGUGCUCAGCAUCAACAGAGUAAAAAACACCCCCAGGAUCAGCUAGUUUAGCUGUGGCACUCUGUUUAAAAUGGUUCAACUUUUACGAGACCACUUUGUCAGCUCAUGAUCCCAGUUAAUCAAAGUGAGACAGCACUCAUGAUAUUGCAUUUAUCAACAACAGCCUGCACAGAGAAGAACUGAACCACACACACUCACCCUUUUUGGAGGCUCAGCUUCCAGAUGUAGAGCUGCUACUCUUUCUAUUAAAUGUUGAAAUGUUUUUUCUUUUUCAAAUACAAUUCAGUGAAAGCCAAUAUGAAGCAUGUUAACACAGACGUAAAAGUAAGCAUCAUUGAGAGGUGCUCUGAGAUUAAGGUCACAGGUGCUGUGAGUGCAAAUAACAGUGUUAGUGGACAUGACUCCAGUGCUGGUUUUAACCCUUUGAUGCAUUAUUUCCCACCAGAAAGAUGAGUCAAGUAUUUUGAGCAGCACCGUCAAGCUCUUUCAAACAAAAACACAAGCACACUCACCCAAAGAGAGGUCUGCAUGAGCUGGGAAGUUUGUGUGUGCCUCAUGCUCAGAACUCUACACUUCAAUAAUGGCAGCUUGUACUCAUUGAUCUGAAUGUUCAUUUCAAUUUUCAUUCCUUUUUCAAGAACAAAAGUACAGUUAUAAAUAAAAUAAAAAAAUCCUAUUUGGCACUUUUCCACUGUUCCUUAAACCAUGUCCCCUCUGAUCUUUAUUCCUCAUAGAGGUGUGAAUGUCGUGCCAUUCUUGGAGAUGAUUGGUCUACCAGAGUCGAUUGUUGGCCUUUUGAGAGACUCCUCAGGAGGCUACGCUCUGACUGCCUACGCCAUGUACAAGGUAAUUCCUCCAAGAUCUCUGCUUUUUAAAGGUGCAGUGUGUAGAACUGGGGAUAUCUGCUAAAUAUGACACUAUCUGCUAGAUUGCUUCUUUGGUCCCCCCCUAUGUUGGUGAGGCUAUGGUGGCCAGGUGAAGUCAAAAAGACUGUUAAUUAUUAAGUAUUAUCCUUCAUUUUUGAAGUGUUUGUCUUUUGUCAGGUGCAAAGUUAAUUCCCCAAACACAAAAAAAACAUCUGUUACUAUUUUGUCUGCUCUGUGCCACUGUAGAAACAUGUUAGAGCAGGAUGGUGUCCUCUAUUGCGGGGGAUCUCUUCCUCUCAGAAUCAUUUGAUGUCACCAAUAACAAAAUGUUUGUAAUAUAUAAACAAAUGUAAAUAUACUCACCAAAUUUUGCUGGUUAUUCACCUUCAAGACAUUUUUACAAUAAGUAUUAACCCUAUUAAAAAAAGUAUUAAAAUGUGUCAGCAAGAGUGUAAUUAAAGGCAGAUUCAAGUGUCUCUGUAUGGACAUGUUGGAUUCAGGCGUCAUUCUGUGUUUCCGCAGAUUGCAACUCCUGCUAGAUACACAGUGACUCUGGGCGGCACAUCACUCUCUGUCCAGUAUCUCCGCAAGCAUGGCUACUUAUCCACACCACCGCCGGUUAAAGAAUACUUCCAGGACAAAAUGGAGGAAACAAAGGAGAAACUGACAGAAAAGAUGGAGGAGACAAAGGAGAGAUUUUCUGAGAAAAUGGAGGAAACUAAAGGACGGUUCUCCGAAAAAAUGGAAGAGACCAAGGACAAGCUGUCUGGGAAAAUCCAGGAAACCAAAGACAGAGUCACAGAGGGGAAGGCGUUUUUUCGAAAGAAAGGUGAUUAG